GCCGCUGCUGGGAGCCUCCCCAAGCUCUUUUGGCUGCUGUUCCCUGGGGCCUUAGCCUGGGGAGAAUGGUGCACACAUGGGUGGCUGCUUCUGCAUCCCUGGGGAGCGGAGUCUGUCCUGGGGUCCAGGUAAAGAAGGUCCUUCCAAGGAUCCAACCCUAUCCAGUGAACAUAUAUCCUGUUCUGAAUUUCGAGGAAAAUGUUUCCUGCCACAGAACAUGACACCAGAUCUGACGUUGUCCUUCUGCGUGAAGAGCCGCUCCCGGAGGUGCGUCAAUGCGGCGCUGCAGGAAGCUGUGCGCAUGCGCCUCUGGGCGCUGGAGAACGAGGACCAGGGCGCUCGCGCGCUGUUCAAGGAUCUCUCCGCAAGGCUGGUGACUAUCCAGUCCCAGAGGGCCCAGUUCCUGAUCACCUUCAAGACCAUGGAGGAAAUCUGGAAGUUCUCCACCUACCUAGAUUUAGGCUAUGUGUCCACAUGUCUGGAGUACCUCCUCUUUGACCACAAGUACUGGCUUAACUGCAGAGUGGCGGAGGACACAGAGAUCCAAGUGUCUGUAGAUGACAAACAUCUGGAAACCAUGUAUCUGAGUCUCCUGAUACAGGAAGGUCACUUCUUCUGCAGAGCCACCUGCUCUGUGGCUCAGCCAGCGGAGAAGGAAGGGGAGUGUUUGGGACUGAGCAAGAACGAACUGAUUUCGGUGAAAAUCUCGGAAGGGGAACCAGAGUGGGAAGGCGUGUCGUUAGUGACUGGCCAGCGCGGCUUGGUUCCGGUGUCGGCCCUGGAGCCCCUGAGCGUCCCUUUCCACCAAUGGUUCCUAAAGAAUUAUCCAGGAAGCUGUGGCCUUUCCAGGAAGAGGGAUUGGACAGGCUCUUAUCAGAUUGGCAGAGGAAGAUGUAAGGCCUCGAGGGAUUAUGAGCAGGAAGAAAAGGAUGAACUGAGUUUCCGCCAGGGAGAAAGCAUCGAGAUCAUUGGCUUUGUCAUUCCUGGACUUCAGUGGUUCAUUGGGAAGUCAGUGAGCUCAGGAACAGUGGGCUUUGUCCCCACCAGGAACAUAGAUCCCGAUUCCUACUCCCCAAUGAGCAAGAGCUCUGCCUUUUUCAGUGAUGAUGAAAAAUGCUCUCUGUGGGCCCUGGCAAGCGACAGAAAAGCUGCGUGUGCCAGCUUCCUCCACACGCUGGCUCAAACUGACAUCGCGUCUGUCUACCGCCUCAGUGGUUUUGAAUCCAUCCAGAAUCUUCCAAAUGACCUGAGUGCAACCCAGCCCGAAGGCUUCAAGGAGGCCAGGCCUGGCACAGCCAGGGAGGAGCAUCAGGCUGUGGGAUCCAGAUGGUCUAGCAGCUCUGAGGACUCCAGCUUGGAGGAGGAGCUCCUCUCAGCUGCCUCAGACAGCUAUCACCUGCCAGAGCCUGAUGACCUUGAUGACCCGGAACUGUUCAUGGACCUACACACUAGUCAGGAUGAGGAGGAAGCUGAGAAUUUUGCCCCCAUAUUGGCCUUUCUGGAUCAUGAAGGUUACACUGACCAUUUCAAGAGCCUCUAUGAUUUCUCCUUCUCUUUCCUCACAUCUUCCUUUUACUGCUUCUCUGAGGAGGAUGAGCUCAUGGCCUACCUGGAGACCUCAAGAAAGCUGGCCAAGAAGAGCCACAUGACCUGGGCCCAUGCACGGCUCUGCUUCCUCCUGGGUCGGCUGAGUGUCAGAAAAGUCAAGCUCUCCCAGGCCAGGGUGUACUUUGAGGAAGCCAUCCACAUUCUCCAGGGGCCAUUUGAGGACCUACCCCUGGUUGCUGCUUUGUAUAUCAAUUUGGCUGCCAUCUACCUCAGGCAGAGGCUGAGGCAUAAAGGGCCAGCCCUGCUGGAAAAGGCAGGUGCCCUGCUGGCCUGCCUGCCUGACCAUGAGUUCAGUGCUAAGAAUGAACUUGACGUGGUGGCCUAUGUGCUGCGCCAGGGGAUUGUGGUGGGCAGCAGCCCGCUGGAGGCCAGAGCCUGCUUUCUGGCUGUCCGACUGCUCCUGAGCCUAGGCCGGCAUGAGGAGGUCCUGCCCUUUGCUGAGCGCCUGCAACUCCUCUCUGGACACCCUUCUGCCUCUGAUGCUACAGCCACCAUCUUGAGUUUUCUGUAUGACAAAAAAUACCUUCCAUACCUUGCAGUGGCCUCGGUCCAGCACUGUAGUACCCAGAGUGCCCAUGGGAUGCCUCUUCCAGUUUGGCAGGUUUACCUGGUCCUCCAGAACACCACUAAGCUUCUGGAUGUCCCCUCCUCAAGCUGGUGUGAAGUUUCUGCACUAGCUUGUCCAACUCUCAGGCAGGCAUUGGCUGCUUGUGAAGAACAGACUGACUGGAACACUCAGAGGGCCCUGUGCCUCAUCUUGUCCAAAAUGUACCUCCAAUACAGGUCUCCUGAUGGUGCCAUCUACUACCUGAGUCAGGCCCUGGUGUUAGGGCAGCUACUGGGUGAGCAGGAGGCCUUUGAGUCUUCCUUGUGUCUAGCAUGGGCCUAUCUCUUAGCAAGCCAAGCAAAGAAGGCUUUGGAGAUCCUAGAGCCACUGUUAUGCUCCCUGAAGGAGGCAGACAGUGUCACUCAGAGGGGAGUGGUCCAUAAUCUCCUGGGCAUUGCACUUCAAGAUGAAGGCCAGGGGAGCAGGGCAGCCAGAAACUAUCUCCGGGCCUUGUACAGAGCUCAGGAGACAGGAGACGUGCGUAACCAAGCAGUAACUAUGGCCAAUCUUGGUCACCUGACCCUUAGGGCUCACCAGUCAGCCAAGGACUAUCUCCUGCAAGCAGUCCGACUGUAUUUUGAACUCCAGACCAGCAAGGACACAGAUAUGGAAUUGGUGCAGGUGCUCCUCUGGCUAGCCCAAGUCUUUGUGUCUGGACGCCAGCUGGCCCAGGGCCAGCUUUGUUAUGAAACUGCACUGCUGUUUGGCUUAAGGCAUCGACACCUAAAGAGUCAGCUUCAGGUCACCAAAUCCCUCUGCCAUUUCUAUAGCUCUGUGUCCCCAAAUCCUGAGGCAUGCAUCACCUACCAUGAACACUGGCUGGCCUUGGCUCAACAACUCAGGGACCGGGAGAUGGAGGGGAGCCUGCUGGAGUCGCUCGGGCAGCUCUACCGGAACCUCAACACAGCCAGGUCCCUCAGGAGGUCUCUCACCUGCAUCAAGGAGAGCCUGCGUAUCUUCAUCGACCUGGGAGAAAGAGACAAGGCCGCGGAGGCCUGGCUUGGGGCGGGGAGACUCUACUACCUCCUGCAGGAGGAUGAGCUGGUGGAGCUGUACUUCCAGGCAGCCAUCCAGGCAGCCUUCAAGUCGGAGGAGCCCUCCUUGGCUCUCAGACUCUACGAAGAAGCAGGUGAUGUGUUCUUCAACGGGACCCGCCACAGGCACCGCGCGGUGGAGUAUUACCGGGCUGGGGCUGUGCCUCUAGCGAGGAGGAUGAAGGCACUCAGAACUGAGCUUCGGAUUUUCAACAAGCUGACAGAGCUGCAGAUCAGCCUUGAGGGCUAUGAGAAGGCUUUGGAGUUCGCCACGCUCACAGCCAGGCUGAGCAUAGUCACAGCUUUCCAAUUCCUAGGAGAUCAGAAGCAGAAGCUGGUGGCCUUUCACCGCCUGGCCACAGUGUACUACUCACUGCAUAUGUACGAGAUGGCUGAGGACUGCUACCUGAAGGCGCUGUCCCUCUGCCCACCCUGGCUGCAGAGUCCCAAGGAGGCGCUGUAUUAUGCUAAGGUGUACUACCGCCUAGGCCGACUCACCUUCUACCAGUUGCAGGAUGCUCAUGAUGCCACUGAGUACUUCUUGCUGGCCUUGGCGGCAGCGGUCCUGCUGGAUGACGAGGAGCUGCAGGACACCAUUAGGAGCAGGCUGGACAAUGUCUGCCAGAGCCCUCUGUGGCACAGCAGUGCCCCAGGAGGCUCCUCAGAGCGGGCACGGUGGCUGAGCCGCGGGGGCCUGGCCCUCUGAGUGGAGCCAACCACCUUUGACUGUGCAUUGUGCCUGGAAGCUGCCUCCUUGCCUUGGACCUCAGAUCCUGAGUAGGAGGCUCUGAGUCCUCUCCUGGCCCAGCCUGCUCAUCUUGUCAGGAGAAGUGCGAAGUCCAGAGGGAUAAGGCCUCAUCCUGGGCUAUACAAGGAGCUGAUGGUGGGACCACAGCUGGAUGUCCUGACUUGGGGCCUCAUCUCCAGGUGCCUGUGGCCUUUCCACACAAGCAGCCUGAGAAAUGCACUUUCUCAACAUGUAGUUCUGGAGAAAAUGAGAGGCCUGGCUGCCUCCCCCAGAGGCUUUCUUUCUUUCUUCCCCUAGUGAGGACAUCGGGCACUAUGCUAUGAAAGGCAGGCAGAUAAAGUUUGUGCCCUUCACCAUUUUCUCAGGGAAAGAUCCUACCACUUGCUAAGGGAAGAGCCAUGGUUUUGUUUUGCAAAACCAAAGAAGGUGCCACUCCUCAUGCUCAUGGGGGUUGUCAGGAGCAUUCACCCUACUCUUAGCUAAAAGACAGUCUCUGGGCUGCCAGGGGCAGUAAUAGGGCACGAGGCUGGUGCUGACUGGGAUUCACAUCUCCACCCUGAACCCAGCUGUGUUCCCACAUGACCUCCCCUUAACUCCAGUGAAGGAGUCCAAGCCUUGUCAAGGACCAAAGCUUGAAAUGCAGUGUUAAGCACAUUAUGACAUAAAUUACAUGUAAAUAGUGUACCUCAUUAAAUAUUGACCAAUG